CUUCAUAUUUCUCUGACGUGAGAAAGAAACUCUCAGAAGAGCAAGAAGUCAAGCGGACAUAAACCAAAACACACUCACACACUCAAGACGAGACAGAGCAGCGAGAGCAAGACAGGGACAUGAGGACCGUCCAGAGCCAAAGUCAGCAUGCGCAGCGCGGAGCCUCCAGCAGCCUGCACAGCCUCAGCAGCGGCGGCGUGAGUCCCCUCAGCACCGCCAGCGUCACCCUCACAGCCCUGCUCAUCAUCCUCACCAUCCCAGUCUGCCAAAGUGCUCCAGCAGAACUUCAGCAAGCCACAACAGAUCAGAGGCAGCUCCUCAGCCAGAUAGACGCUGUGUGCUCAUCCUACCUCUCUGCAGACCUGAAGUUUUGGGCAUCUGAUGUCUUAGGAGAACUCUGUGUCUUGAUGCUGGUUCAGAAGUCAAAGGAGCUGAAAGUGCGAGAAAAUAGUAAAAGGGCUGAACUCCAGGGACCUGGGGGAAUCCAGAGCAGAGGUUACUUCCUCUAUCGGCCACGAAAUGGAAGAAGAUCCUUAGAAUAUGAGUAAAUUAAAGAGUCGCCACCUCUGGAGCUGAGUGUACAGAGACAACACAGACCCUGAGACCCCGAGCCGCUGCACCACGACUGAGUGAUCCAGACUUUAACCACAGCCCUCUGCCACUGCUGUACAGUGAUGUCUGAAUGUACA